ACGUUUGAAAUAUGACGGUUGCCUCAACGUCAGUUCUACGUUUCUGUAGUUUAACACGCGACAUUACUGUUUCCGCCCAUGUACGUAGUACGUAGUCUUACUGCACAACUUGACUGACACAACGAGUGCAGCAAGCUUUGUAAACCUACUUUCUGCAUGAGUUCACCCGACCCGCAGUGACAUGUUGGCAUCCAGUCCGUACUCGGAGCCAAACCGUGGCCUAGCAGGAAGAACGGCUCGACUAUGUGGAGAAAGAAACGGGCACUUGGGGAGUCUUUGGCUUGUCUCGUAGUUCUCGUGACGCUCGCCGAUGCUUAUCGAUUCCUGAGCCAGACCACAGCCACCCAGUUCCUGAGCAGGCACAAGAGAGCCAACUCUCUGUUUGAAGAGCACAAGAAGGGCAACCUGGAGAGGGAGUGCAUCGAGGAGCUGUGCAACAAGGAGGAGGCCCGAGAGAUCUUCGAGAACCAGCCGGAGACGGAAUACUUCUACCCCAAAUAUGUUGUGUGUCUGGGCUCACACCGUGUCGGUAUCAACAACCAGAACUCCAAUUCUGGCAUCCCAUCGGACCUUCGCACGUGUGUGACGGAGAUCAGUAACCAGUGUACGCCUUAUCCAUGCUACAAGGAAGGUUCAGAAAACUGUGUGGACGGGCAGGCUUCCUUCAAGUGUGUGUGUAAACCCGGCUGGAAGGGGCCACGCUGUGAGGACGACAUCGAUGAGUGUACAGAUCCUGAAUAUCCAGCAGGAUGUAACCAAAAGUGUCACAACUUCCCUGGUAGUUUCCAGUGCCUGUGUGAAGAUGGCUACUUCAUCAGUAACAAAAUCAACUGUGUGGAUGUCGAUGAAUGCAUAUUGUACCCCAGUAUCUGUGAAGAACCAGCUAAAUGUGUCAACACACCGGGCAUGUAUGAAUGCCAGUGUCCCCAGGGUUUCAAAUAUAACUUCACCUCUAGGACGUGCAAUGAUGUGGACGAGUGUGAGUUUCAUGUGUGCGACAGGACUUGUAUAAACACAGUGGGCAGCUAUUCGUGUCACUGUGACGGUCGUCAGGGUCUUCGUUUGGCAGAGGACAAGCGAUACUGUGAACAGAUCCCAGUUUGUGUGGAUCUGUAUGACCACAAACACCCUGAGAUGCUUUACCUUGGGGAACAGUUUGCAGGCCUUCCUGUCAUCUAUUUGCGCUUCCGUCUACCGGAGAACACAAAGUUUGCAGCUGAGUUUGACUUCCGUACAUUUGACCCAGAGGGAGUUGUGCUAUACGCAGAAUCCUCCCAGGACUCAUGGUUCAUGUUGGGGCUAAGAGGUGGUCGCAUUGAAGUCCAGUUCAGAAACCAGCACACGUUCAAGGUCACCAGUGGAGGGAAAGCCAUCAAUGAUGGACAGUGGCACGUGAUUUCUGUGGAUGAACUGGAGAGCAGCAUCAGUGUGAAGAUCAGCAAGGAAGCGGUGAUGAGCAUCAACAGCCCAGAGAGUCUCUUCACUUCGGUUAACGGCAAACUGGAGACGAAAGUCUACAUUGCUGGUCUGCCUAAUCGCACUGACAACGUCAUCAAACCUAUAAACCCUCGACUUGACGGCUGUAUCCGUGGCUGGAAUUUGAUGAACCAGGGGCCAUCUGGGGUAAAGGAGGUCAUCCAGGAGAAGAAGAGUAAACAUUGCUUCGUGUAUGUGGAGCGAGGAUCUUUCUUCACUGGAGGAGGACUGGCACAAUUCAACAUUAACUACAGUGAUUCUGAGAGCUGGAAUGUGGGCGUACAUAUGAACAUUCGUCCGUCCAGCAGCACAGGUGUCAUCUUUGCUCUUGUAUACAACAACACAGUCCCCCUGUCGAUUGCUGUGGUAACACAGGGAGAAGGAGAAGCUAAUCUGCAAGUGUUCCUGGAUGGCGUCUCCGUCGCAACACUGGACUCACUCAUGUUGUGUUACCCUGACCGGCUGACAGUGCAUCUGAAUGUGACUCCCACAGAAAUCCAGAUCUCAGCCAACUCCUCCACUGUCACCUACAUGAAGACUGAUGAUUUACGGAAGGCACUUGAGCACCUCAACACCACCAUGCAGAACCCCAUCAGUACAUAUGUUGGUGGGAUACCAGUCGACGUUCCACUACCUGCCACCCCCGUGACGGCCUUCUACCAUGGCUGCAUGGAAAUCUCUAUCAACGACCAGCAGCUGGACUUUGACGAGGCUCUCAGCAAACACAACAGCAUUAAGUCCCAUUCAUGUCCUCCUGUGACUGCCCCCGACAGUCACCCUGACGCACCACAUCCGCACAGAGAAUGAACUUAAUUAAAAACCGGAUCACCUUAAGCAGCCACCACAUUAGUCAGCAUCCCACAGCGGCUACUUCUUUGGAUAUUUUGGAACAAGAUGUAUAGGACAUAUAGGAGAAUAUGGGAGGGAGGAAGAGGAUGAGAAAGAAGUGACAAGAAGAGGAGAUAGAGGUUGACGGUUAUAGUCAUUUUUGUCGACUUUCUCUGAUGGGCUAAUCUUAAGCUUUGUCUUAUGCUUUUCAUCCAUACAGUAUUAUUGUUUCUUUCCUGGGAUCAUCUUGUUUUCUGGGGUAUUUGUUUUUUUCAGCUAGGUACAACGAAAGCUUGCUUGCCAUUGAGCAGGUGGGAAGCUGGAUGUCUGGAUAACGUAGUUGUAGCAGUUUGUUGCAAUGAAUUAAAUGCUUUCCAAGAAACAUUUGAAAAGAGCUGAGCUCUGCACCACGCCUGUCAUGUUUGGAGCAAAAGAUUGUUAUGUUUGUGUCGAGGAAUAAACAAAUGGUCACUUUCAACCAGGCUUUUGAGACCUACUGCAUCUUUGUCCCUGUUGUUCAGUCAUGGUAUUAUGUCUAACUACUCAUGCAGGCAGACUACUGGAGACAAGAAGCUGAAAUUGUGGUUGUUGGUUGUUAAGGUGAAAACCACUGAGGAUAAAGCUGAGCCUCUGAGCUUUGGAUCCAGUUCUGUUGCAUUGUCUUGUUUGAAUCACCAUUCAGUAUUGGAGCUCUGCUUUUCUGAGGUGUUUGCAUUGGUUCAGUAAUAUUUAGAAACAUGGUUUAUCAUUUUUAUUGUUCCCAGAACCCUCCUUAAUUGUCUAGUUGUCACCAGAUGUGUGGGCACACUUGCAAAACUACAACUUCUUGGUGUGCUUCUAUUUCUGUCAAUGUCGCCAGGUCUCCUGUGUUCAGAAUUCUUCUUGUGUAUAUAAAACAAGCCAUGUUUAAUAUAUAACUUAAAUGUAGUUGUUCAGUGUUGUUUGUUUUAUGUUUGGUUUAAUAAAAUUGGUCAAAGCAGCCU